UCUUUUUCAUUUGACGUGUGUUUGUGUUUCGGGUGACUUUUAUUUUGACAUGCAUAGACUUGUCUUUGUUCCCGGAUGUAGAGUCAUUCACACUUUCAAACAUGGAGUCUAUUUUCCACGAAAAACAGGAGGGCUCUCUGUGUGCGCAGCACUGCUUGAAUAACCUCCUGCAGGGAGAGUACUUUAGUCCAGUGGAGCUGUCCUCCAUCGCGCAGCAGCUGGACGAGGAGGAGCGCGUGCGCAUGGCUGAAGGAGGCGUGCAGACCGAGGAGUACAGGACCUUCCUGCAGCAACCGUCGGGAAACAUGGAUGACAGCGGCUUCUUCUCCAUUCAGGUGAUCAGUAACGCUCUGGGGGUUUGGGGUUUGGAAAUCAUUCUCUUCAACAGUAGAGAGUACCAGCAGUUACAGAUCAAUCCCAUACACGAGAAGGCCUUUAUAUGUAACUAUAAGGAGCAUUGGUUUACGGUGCGUAAGCUGGGACAGCAGUGGUUUAAUCUGAACUCGCUGCUGACCGGUCCGGAGCUCAUCUCAGACACAUACUUGGCUCUUUUCUUAGCGCAACUACAGCAGGAAGGUUAUUGCAUAUUUGUGAUCCGGGGAAGCCUGCCGGAGUGUGAAGCUGAUCAGAUUUUGCGGAUCAUGCAAGUGGAGCAGCAGCAGCGGCCGAAGCUGAUUGGAGAGGACGAGGCCCAGAGGGUGUCAGAGCCUGGACACACCACAGAAGAAGUGCUGCUGGAUGAGGAUGAGGAGGAGCUGAGGAAGGCUCUGGCUCUCAGCAGACAGGGCAUGCAGGUGGAGGACGAGGAGGCUGACCUGCGCAGGGCCAUUCAGCUCAGCAUGCAGGGAGGCAGUGAUCCCAGAAGCCCCAGCGCCGCUGUGACCGCAGGUUCAUCUCAGGAAGCAGGACGCAGCGAGGAGACGCUCACAGCAGAGGAGCUGCGCAGGAGGAGACAGGUCUACUUCCACAGGUGAGCGCUGGGAGCUUGAGAUGCUCUGAGAUCAGUCCUGAGUAAUGAUGGUGAUGUGAUCUCCUCACAGGCAGCCAGCUCCGCAGGU